GUUUUAUUCAAGAGUGAGUCGGUUUGAAACGGCAAAGCAAGCGUUUCCCAACUGACGGAGCAACUUUGAGGAACUGAUAAGUUUUAAGCUUUCCUGAAAUAUAACGUAAUUUAUCAGAUGUCGUCAGAUGAAGAGGAACCAUCUAGUCCUUGUUUGCCUAAGGACUCUGACCGGGGCAGUUCUGUCUCCUCAGAACUUCAGGAUGAGUAUGAGGAGCUUCUCCGCUAUGCUGUGGUCACGCCAAAGCUUGAGACACUUACAGCUGCUCACAGGGAUCGGCUGAGCACCUCACAUUUCUCUGCAAAGGGUCAGACUUCCCAGAGAAAAGAAGACACAAAAUCACAGCACCCAGCAGACACUGCUACUGAAACUAGGGACAGAAGGUCUUCUAGCAAGAAUGUGAGAUUAUCACCUGCCUCCCCAUUGAUUGUUGAGCCUCCCACACACUCAAGAGACACUCAUGCUGAGGAAAUGGAGGGUCGGUCAUCUGGCAGGGCAUCAGUGCUCUCAAACCCUCCCUCUGACAGGUUACAGACGCCGACUGAAAGGUCUAGGUCAAACAGCCCAGACCACCUUGAGACGACUGUGACGGAGCUUUUUAUCUCAGAGGAGAAUAUAAGCAAGAUGGAGAACAUUCUGGAAGUGUGGAGCAACAACCUGAAGUCAAAUGUACUGACUGAGCUCAGGAAGUGGAAGCUGGCAAUCAAGGAGCAACACAAACUGGAGAUGAAGAAAGAGAAGGAGAAGCACGCAGCCCAGACAGCUGGCCUGAAGUCAGAGAUCGACGGCCUAAAGGGGCUGCUACAAACCUAUGAAACUUCAAACCAGAGAAAAGAUGAGGUGAUAGUAAACCUGAGCCAGGUGUUGGACAGACAGAAAGAAAGGCUUGAAAAGAUGAGGACUUUCACCCACUGGAGACUUCAGCAUGCAGAGGCUAAAGAAGAGGCUUAUGCUAUUCAGGCAGCGCGGCAGCACUACAACAUGCAGCUGAAGAAGAAGGUGUGGUUAGGCUGGCACUCGCUGGUCCAGAAACACUGGAAGGUCAAACUGGAGCGGGCCUGCCGUGCAAGAGCUGAAGAGGUCUGCACUCACCUCUCUGCAGAGUACGAGGCCAAGCUGGCAGAGCACUGUGAAGCUAUAGAGAAGGCUCAGGCAGAAAUCCAGAGACUACGAAUUGAGCGGGAGCGCUAUGAGGAAUCUAUGAAGAAAGCUUUUAUGAGGGGCGUUUGCGCCCUCAACAUUGAAGCUCUGGGCAUGUUCCACACUCCAGAGGGACAGUCAGAGCACCCUCCAGUUCAUGAUCAGCAUGAUAUUUUGCCUCCCCAGGAGGAGCCUGGUUCUUCAACAUGGGCUCAACUUCAGCCACGACCCGUGUCUUCCACACAGUUCAGCCCAGUCCACUUUGACCGGCCAGACCCUUCCCACCUUGAAGUAGAGGACACGGUGGGCUCUGCCUCCAUGUCCAGAGAAGAAGUACUCCUUCCCACUACAGUGGUGCAGGGCUCAUUGCCUCCAGGAGGCGCUGCAAGUUCCCAUAAACAGGUCAGUGGUCGUGUCAUAACAGCCAGUCAACAAAAACCGUCAAAGACUGUAACAGCUCGUAUCACUGCACGCACUGACAUUGCUAAGGUAGCACGCAGCAAUCUCCGAGUGAUGGGUGUGGCUCCACCCAUGAGCUCUGUGAUAGUGGAACGCCAUCAUCCUGUUACACAGCUCACCGUUGGUCAGGCUACAGCUGCUAAGUUUCCCCGCCACUCCAAACAUGGCCCCAGCUCCAACAGAGGCAAAAGCUCCUCAAGAACACACACCAGCACGUGCCAUGUUCACUCCAUCAAAGUCGUUGACUAAUCACACACUUCUCAAAAAAUGUUGCUCUCUUAGUCUGGGUAUAAAAUUCAAACCAUUCUUUGCAAAGUAUCUUUGAAACAGCUCCUUUAAGGUUAGUUUAAAGUCCAUUUUUCUGGACAUGUUGGACUAAAUUUGCCCUCGCUUUCUCUAUAGUAAGGGGUGAAAUGAUUGCCUUUGAUUGAUAUGAAAAUGGGAAUUUUCUGAGCUGUUGGAUAUUUCUCAGGAACAUAUCACAUAAAGGUAGAGCUGCACAUUUUAAUUUUUUUAGUUCUUACAAGCUGCAAAAUACAUAAAUUAUUUUAAUGCUAUUGUUAUAAAUUAUGCAGAGGUGUGAAUAUGUUAAGAUUUACAUAUUUUAAAUACCUGUUUUUACAACUGAGACUGACAUGCAACACCACAGAUUGUUUGCUUAACUUGACUAAAGCACAGUUUUAUUUUUAAAUAAAUUAUUUUACUGUUGA